AAAAAAAAAAGAGAAGAAAAAGAAGAAGUUUCUACUUGUAUAACCCUAACUUCCAAUUCCAAUCGAUAGAAUUUGCUGCGACUACGAGGGAAUUCCAUCUCUCUCUACAAAUUUCAAACUUAGAUUUCAUUUCAUUCCAGUUUUGUUUUCCAUUUAGAAAUUUCGAUUUCGAAUUUGGCAUCUGCAGCAUCAAUUCAAGUUAGUUCUCAAGUAAAGAAAUUGAAGGAAUUUUCGGCGAUUCCAGACAAUUGAAAGUUUGUUCAGCACUAAUUUACUAUAUACUGUGAUCUAGAAGAGCUUACUGUGUUUGGUAAGAGAAAUGGAGGAUGUUAUGGAGCAACAGAAUGUAUCAUUAGGUGAAGAUAGGGAGAGUGAUAUAGUUACUGAGAGUGCUGCAGUUGUCCAUGCAGAACCACAUCAAGAUGGUGAUGCCCCCCCAAAAGUGGAUGCUAAAGUUGAGGUUCUUCACGAGAAAGUUACCAAGCAAAUAAUUAAGGAAGGCCAUGGUGAAAAACCAUCCAAAUAUUCCACAUGCUUUGUGCAUUACAGGGCAUGGACCGAGAGCACACAACACAAGUUUGAAGACACAUGGCAGGAACAACGGCCAAUAGAGCUAGUUCUGGGCAAAGUUUUUUCUAUGACAGAAAAGAAAGAGAUGGAAGGUAUAGGAAUUGGUGUAUCAAACAUGAAGUCUGGAGAACGUUCCCUGUUACGUGUUGGUUGGGAACUUGGCUAUGGGAAAGAAGGAAGUUUCUCUUUUCCUAAUGUUCCUCCCAUGGCAGACAUUAUAUAUGAAAUUGAACUGAUUGGUUAUGAUGAAACCAAAGAAGGUAAACCGCGUAGUGACAUGACAGUUGAGGAAAGGAUCAGCUCUGCAGAUCGACGAAGGAUGGACGGCAAUGCUUUAUUUAAGGAGGAGAAAUUGGAGGAGGCUAUGCAGCAGUAUGAAAUGGCGAUAGCAUAUAUGGGCGAUGACUUCAUGUUCCAGCUUUUUGGGAAGUACCGGGAUAUGGCUUUGGCUGUAAAGAAUCCUUGUCAUCUGAACAUGGCUGCAUGUUUCAUAAAGCUCGAGCAAUAUGAGGAUGCCAUCAUGCAAUGCAGCAUUGUCCUAGCCGAGGAUGAAUCCAACGUCAAAGCACUGUACAGACGAGGAAAAGCUAGGGCAGAACUAGGGCAAACAGAAGCAGCAAGAGAAGACCUUCUUAAGGCUCGUAAAUAUGCUCCUGAUGACAAAGCAAUCGCCAAAGAGUUGCGGUUUCUAGCUGAUCAAGAAAAGGCUGUCUAUCAAAAGCAAAAGGAGAUGUACAAAGGAAUGCUGGGACCAAGACCUGAACCCAAGCCCAAGGGAACUAAUUGGUUAGCUCUAUUUUGGCAGUGGCUGAUCUCAUUAUUCUGUAGGCUUUUCAAACUAAAAACACAAAAAUCUGACUGAUUUGUUAUUUAUAGCUCCCAAAAAUGAUCAGGAGCUAAUUUAAAUCAAUUCAGAAUGAUUUUCCGGAUGUCAAAGGCAUAGUUAUAUAACGGUAUCGUGAUUACCUGUUAUUCCCUGGGACAUAAUAUCCCGUCCCUGCUAACACUGUUAAAUGCGGCUUAUUUUGCUGUAAAAUUAAGAGUGAUACUACCUCCGUUCUCUGUUGCAACGUUUGACAAAUUGCACUAUUCAUGUUCUCUUAUGUGACCACAUUUAUUGAUUUAUAUGUUAAACAAAAUAUAGUCAUGUGGGGUCUUGUUUGAUUCGUUUCGAUGUAAGCUUUCAUAAUAUCAAAUUUUUAUAAUUUUUACUUAUAUACAAUUAGAGAUAAAACAAUUUGAAAUUGUACAUUGGUAAGCGUGAAAGUCAAAACGUUGCAACUAAAUAAAAACAAAGGUAGUAUAUUUUUACUCCAUUUCCUUUCAUCCAUCUUCUCCACUGUGGUUGCUGAUAUGGACUAUGGAGGUUAGGUUUUCCGACUCGAUAAGUUUGACUCUAGAAUUCAAAUAUUGUUUAGGAAUGGAGUGGCUCUCGUUACAGUCCUUCAGCUCUUGAUUGAAGUAGUUAUCGAUGAAACUGCUGCAUUAUGCUCUAAGAUACCAUGAUAAGACAUAUUUUAUUCAUCAUGUUCUAUACUAUUGCACUCAAAGUUGUUAUUGGCACCCUGUCACAAUUCUUUAAGCAAGCAACUGGAAAACAUACAAAAAACUGGGUUCUAUUGACGUGGUUUGAGCCAUGAGGAAUAAUUAUGAGAUUUUUCUAUGAUUAGCUGAGAUUUGAGAAAAUAAAGAUAGAAGGGUAGGUGUCAAAUUGUUAGAUAGAGGUUUAAAUUCAAUGGGUCAAUUUGGUUUAGGUUAUUUGGAGAUAAUCAGUUACUCGCAUUAUUUUUGCUGAGACCAAAUUAGUAUUAUGUCUUCAUGUCUAUUUGGUUCAUAUCAUAUUUGGAGUGCAAAUGCUGCGGGAUGGAAAUGAGGGAAUGUUUACAAUCCCUGGGUUUAACAGAUACAAUUUGAAGGAUUUUGGAGGUUCAUUGAUCAGGGCUUAACAGAAGAACGGUAUAAGUUCUCAAAAAUUGAAGAUACAAACCAAGAAAUUGAAUUUCAAUUAUUUGUGGAAACAUAUCAAUUGGCCGAACUCUUGAUAGCAGAAAAGGAUGUUGUAUACGAAUCACUUACAUAUGCUGUCAAUUAACUUGUUAUGAUUUUGCUAAUCUAAGAUUGAUCAUUUUGAAUUUCAAAUCAAUUGGGUUCGGUUAUAUCCAAAUUGUGCUCCUCCAUGAACAUCAUUUGAUCCCUACUUUAUUCAUCAUGUAACUUGAUAUUUGAUAAUAAUUCACCAACAUAAACAUUCUCCAUUCAUCAACCCUUUAAUUUCAAUCAUAAUUCACAACUACAUUUCACUCAUCCCAUCCUGUAUUUUCGUCGAUGAACUAUUGGCACUUUAGAAGAUGCGUACACCAUGUAUUAUUAUAAACUUCAUAUCUUAGAUUACAUGAUACAAACUAGGAAUUCAAUCAUAAGCUAAGAGCCUAAGAAAUCUCCUUGUAAAACAAUUUCUGGAAGUUUAAGCAUUCUGGCAUUCUAUUUCUACCAUGACUGAUUGAGCAUGGACAUCCAAGCACAAUAUGCACAAACAAUCUUCUGAGAUAUAUACACAUAAACACCGAAGGACAAGCUCAUCAGGAGCACAUCUUUCCAGUCUCCUUUCUGUUUUGGACUCAUAUUAUCCUUCAACCUCCUACCCAACUCAGACACUGCAUUUAGAACUCGCCGCGUCGCCACUGGCUUCUCUCUAGCCUUCUCUUUCUUCAAGUUUGAAGCUUCUUCCUCAGUAGGCCUGCUGCUUUGGCAAGAGAACGGGAUCGACGUUUUUGGGACCGUUAUGAUUUUAUAUUCUCUGAUAUUGUGGUUUUUUCCGAUGAGGCAGUAGCUCAGGGAAGCUGCAGCCAUGA